CGAAUUCCAAAACCGUUUAUUCUCUUCAUCAAUGAACCAAUAUCCAACUCAAAUUCCAUUCGCUAUGGACUCAUCCAUGUCGAUUCAUGGGAUUCAAGGGCAGUUGCUCGAGGUCACAGUUAUGGGGUGCAACAAGUUGAAGGACACGGAAUGGAUCUCGAGGCAGGACCCUUAUGUCUGCCUUGAAUAUGGAAGCACCAAGUUCCGGACCAGGACCUGUACAGGUAGAUGGAGGUAAGAACCCUACCUUUCAAGAGAAAUUCGUGUUCACGCUCAUCGAAGGUCUCCGGGAGUUGAUUGUGAAUGUCUGGAAUAACAACACCCUCACUUUGGACGACUUCAUUGGCAGCGGAAAGGUUCAACUUCAGAAGGUUCUCUCCCAAGGUUUUGAUGAUACUGCUUGGCCCAUACAGACUAGAACUGGCAGACACGCUGGAGAAGUUCAACUCAUAAUUUACUACGCUAAUGCUAAUAGACCAGCAACAACCUUUGUACCAUCAGCGCCGCCCUACGGAACACCGCCACCGGCGACCCAAUACCCUGUAUAUUCCACCCCUCCACCAACAGCCUACCAUGCCCCAUCUCCCUAUCCUUCAUACCCACCUAACCCAGCACUGUCAGCAUAUGUGUCACCGCCUGAACUGGCUGCUGCCUAUCCUCAUCCUCCUCCACAACUCACAAGCUAUCUUCAUCAGCCAUACAGCCCAUACCCACCUCAGCCCUAUCCACCACAGAGCUAUCCACCUCCACUACAAGCCUCUCCCUAUUAUCCCCCACUGCCAGGUCCAUAUCCUGGAACCUAUCCCCCACCACCUUACUGAGUAGCUCUGUACCUUAUGUUCAUAGAGAAUGGGAAUUCCUCACUUAAGUUCCAGUGUAAAGUUUCAUCGCGGACUGACUCAAAUCAUCACAAGUGUGUCAACAACAUCAAUCAAGAUUUCAUGUUUUACAUAACAAUUACCUCCAAUUGCUGUAUCAACUGUCCAUAUUCCUUAUGUUUCAAUCUUUAUGAUGCAUGUACAAUAUUCAAUUGAUUGGAUACAAAUUUCUUUCUGCUUUCUGAUC